AUGGCGCAGGAACGUUCCGGAAUCGUGGUCGGUCUGAACAAGGGCCACAAAACCACCCCUCUGAACACCCCCAAGACCCGGGUCAGCCGCACCAAGGGCCAGUCUUCCCGCCGCACUGCCUUCGUCCGUGACAUCGCCCGCGAGGUUGUCGGUCUUGCCCCUUAUGAGCGUCGUAUCAUCGAACUUCUGAGAAACACUCAGGACAAGAGAGCUCGUAAGCUCGCCAAGAAGAGGCUCGGUACCUUCUCCCGUGGCAAGAGAAAGGUUGAGGACAUGCAGAGAGUCAUCGCCGAGUCCAGACGUGUGGCUGGUCACUAA